AUGCCUUCAUCUCGUCCAACAACACCGGCCACACCGGCGUCCCCCAAGACAUUCAAAAUCAAAGACCCUCAACCCGGCGUUCCUCUGUUUGGCUGCGAACAUACACAACUUCUCCUCAGUGCCGGCGGUGCCGAGCGCAUGAACAAGAGUAUCCACAACUAUAAAACUUGUCUAAGAGUUAUCUUUGAAAAUACACCAAUUGUCCCGCAGACGAGUAAAACGACGAAAGGCUUUCCGUUUACGACUUUGACGCCGAAUUAUCUGUGUUUGCAAUGUUCAGCCACGACGACAGAGGGAGGAAGGAUCGAACAUGGCAGAGAGACGUCACAUCGAUUUUAUGUGGAGUCAAGGAAUGGGUGUCUUUAUUGCCAGAUGUGUGAUGAUUUUGUUUUUGACCCCACGUUGGAAGAUUUGAGGUUGAGGAAGUCUGGAAAAGGUCUAACUCGAAAAAGAAAGCUCGAUGACCUCUUUACAGACCCGAUCAAAGAAGAUCCAAGAUUUAUUUCAACCAACACUGUCGAGGCUCCUUGCCGAGCGAGUGGCAUAAGAGGUAUUUAUAAUAUGGGGGCUACGUGCUACAUGAAUGUCAUACUACAAUCCUUUGUUCACAAUCCUCUGUUACGGAACUUCUACCUCAGCGACGGACACCAGAGAACCGAAUGCUCCUAUGAGAAUUGUAUGAGCUGUGCUAUGGAGGAUAUGUUUCAAGACUUCUACGCCCAGGAAACGACAACUGGAUACUCUGCGUCGAAUAUUUUGGCAAGCUUCUGGCUUUCGAAACGUAAAGCUUACGAGGAGUUGGCGAGCAAUAAGGAGCAGGAUGCUCAUGAGUUCUUCCAGUUUCUCACAGAGGAGUUGCAUGAAAUCAAUGGCGGUGGCCGACCUUCUGACUCUGAAGACAGUCCCGUGAAAAAGUCGAAGUCUGAUAGUGAUCCAGACUGUAAGUGUAUUGUUCACCAAACCUUCUACGGAAAAUUGCAGAGCACGAUCACCUGUCAAAGCUGUGGAGACAUCAAUACCUCUAUUGAGUCAUUCCUUGACUUGAGUUUGGGAUUGGAUGUACUAUCCAAGAAAAAGAGUUUGAAAGCGACAGCUUUGAGCCUUCAAAAGUGCCUCGACGAAGAAUACAGCAGACCCGAACGCUGCGAGUACAGUUGCCGGAAGUGCAAUACUCAAGAGGCGAAGAAGCAGCUCAGCAUCAAGAGCUUACCGAAUGUGCUCUGUAUUCAACUAAAGCGAUUCAAGCAAAACAAUGGAAUCGCUUCGAAAAUUGAUACCAAAGUAUCAUUUCCUCUCAAGCUCGAAAUGUUCCCAUACACCAACCGAGCGAAAAACCAGGAAACUAAACAAAGUUACGAGUUAGCAAGAUCUUGUACCUACGAUCUACAAAGUGUGGUUGUACAUGUAGGGAAUUUAGAAACAGGUCACUAUGUCUCAUACUCGAGAGUCGGGAACCAGUGGUUCAAAUUUAACGAUCAUAAUGUCACCUUGGCGACGAAGUCGCAAGUACUGAAUGAACAGGCCUUCCUAUUAUUCUACGUCGUUCGCUCUUUGGCAUAA